ACAAGUCUCUUAUCCAGGCUAAUUCUGCCAAGUUCAGAACACCAAGUGACCAAGAACGUUCUUUCACUUUUGCCUGCUAAGUCUAACCAGUGUCGAAGAAAACUCUACAACAUUAUACCUAACAUCUCCCAAGGAACAUAAUGGACAAGACGACUAAAGCUGCUGAAGACGCCUGGCGCCGGUGGUCCGGGAAAUACACGCUCCACCCUGAGACUCUGGCCAGCACCCAGCGCAUCAUGGACCUGGGUCUACAGCCCUUCCACAUGACCACCUUACAGAAAGCGAGGGACAACAUCCCGAUUUUGUGCCGUGAUGGCGAAGACGUGGUCCCGUUUGACGGAACCGUGAGAAAAUUAACGGUACCAAGUUCAGAGGUCAAGGCCGGGAUUCCGAUAAUAGUCUACAAGCCAAGCGACUGUCCGGAAGAUCCGGUUAUUUUUAUCUAUAACCACGGUGGCGGGUUGGUCACGGUAAGCCCGCCUAGCUAUGAUUGCUGUAUGAAGUCUCUUGCAAAUAAAACAAAGGCUGUCAUGGUAAUGGCGGACUAUCGGCUGUUGCCUUGUCCAGAAAAUCCCUUGGCGCCGUUUGACGACUGCUUGACUGUAACGAAAUGGGUCUUGGAAAACAAGGAAGUCGUAGGCGGGUCUAAAAAUAGCAAGGUCGGUGUGGGCGGGGACAGUGCAGGCGGGCAGAUCACGUGCAGUGUGUUAAAUGACGUGCAGGGCGUGGCCUUCCAGGUGCUGGUGUACCCGGUCACUGACCUCACCUGCAACCUGCCCUCGUUUGACGAGUUCCGCGACAUCCCGGCAUUCAACACUCUCUCGAUGGACGCCAUGUUUGAAGUUUUCGUGCCUCACAUCCCUGGGGCAGCCACCAACCCGAGGGUCAACCCGUCAGCCAGGAAAAACCUCCAGUCGUCUCCCCCUACGUUGGUCCUCACCGCCGACCUUGACCCCUUGAAAGACUGGGCCGCGGCCUUUGCCAAGAAACUGCGAGAUGCCGGGGUCAAGGUCAAAGAGGUUAAUAUAGAGGGCGUCCCUCACGCGUUUUUCAGCAUUGUAGCAGACUACCCGACGACUUCUGCCAAAGCACACGAUGAAGUGGCUGAAUUCAUUCACUCUUUAGAAUAAUUCGAUAACAAGACAUUUUCUUAACAAAUUGAAAUAUUGUUAAAAUACUU